AUGGAUAAUUUGAAACAACAGGUUAUGAUAAACCAGUUUGUUUUGGCAGCAGGGUGUCAUGCAGAACAAGCAAAACAGUUUUUACAGGCAGCAGGAUGGCAUUUUGAGGCAGCGCUGAGUAUGUUUUUUCAAGAACCAUCAAUUCCCACACUCAAACAUUGUCGAACAAGUAAUCGAAGCCAUACAAAUGGACAUUAUCCACUGUGUGCCCCGGCAAACACACCAGCAACUCCACCCAAUUUCCCCGAUGCUUUGGCAGCUCUGGCUAAACUCACCACAGGAGAUGGUAGCAGACAUUUUAGUGCAUCACCACUCCAGCAUUCUCACCCAUUCUCACCCCCAUCACAGCAGACACCACAAAACAUAGCACAGUCUCCCAAAAGCAUGCACAUGCAGAUUGAGGCUAACAGCAGAUAA